AUGGGGGCUGGUGGCUCUGGGAUGCCAGGUCCUACACUGUUCCUGCUUCUGGUGCUGCCACCUUCUCUGGUGAGCAAGAAGAGCUUCCUGCACAGCGUCCCGGGAUCCAGAGACUUCCAGCACCUCAGCCUGAGCUGGGAAAGCCUCCACCGCCACCUCAGCCAGGACGGGGGGAACUUCCGCCACCACCGCAGCCUGGGUGCCUGGCAGGUGCAGACAAAGGAGAGUUUUAUCUGCGCAAAUGACUUCUACUUCGUCUUGGACAAGUCGGGCAGUGUGGGCAACAACUGGAUCCACAUUUACAACCUGGUGGAGGAGUUGGUGAAGAAGCUUGAAAACCCAAAACAACGGAUAUCCUUCAUCACCUAUUCCACACAGGGCCAAAUCGACAUGAUGCUCACCUCAGACAGAAAAGCAAUACAGGAUGGUCUUAGCAGUCUUCGAAAUAUAGUGCCUACAGGAGCCACGGACAUGCAAGAGGGACUUGAAUUGGCAAUUGAGCAGAUUGAAAAAGAAAAAUCUAGAGGAAGCAAGAACCCAGUGAUGAUUAUCGCUCUGACUGAUGGAACACUGUUAAAUUUGGCGUUUGAAGAGACAAAGAAAGUAGCUGAAAAGGCUCGGAAAUUGGGGGCUGUCAUUUAUGGCGUGGGUGUGAAUGACUAUAGACGAGAACAGCUGAAUCAAAUUGCAGACAGCAACAAUCAUGUGUUUGGAGUGGACACUGGGUUCAAGGAUCUAAUGAAGAUCGCAGAUUCACUCUCAAAAUCUUCCUGCGUUGAAAUUACAAGUGCCACCCCUUCAAGUUUCUGUGCAAACGAAAAUUAUGACUUGAAGGUUUCUGGACGAGGCUUUAAUAAUGCAAGGAACAAGAACGAAGUUAUUUGUAGAUUCAAGUUUAGUGACAAGAAAUUCUUUGACAAAAAAGCCACAUCUGUGCAAGAUACCAUCCUAAUGUGCCCAGGAAUAAAGACAGAAUAUCCAGGCCAGAAGGUCUUCAUUGAAGUUAGCCUGAACAAUGGCAUCAGCUUCAUCAACAACGAUAUUAACAUCAUCAGUGAGGAUUGUACGACAACUGUACCUACAACUACCACAACACCUGCCCCUACCACUACCCGGAAGCCUACCACUACCCAGCGCCCUACCACUACCCAGCGCCCUACCACUACCCAGAAGCCUACCACUACCCAGAAGCCUACCACUACCCAGCGCCCUACCACUUCCCGAAGGCGUGCCGCUCCCCGAAGGCGUACUACUACCCAGCGGACUACCACUACAACAACCCAGCCACCUCCCCCACCACCAGCUCCCCCGCCACCUGACCCACCACCUGACCCGCCACCUGACCCGCCACCUGACCCAACACCUGAGCCAACACCAGACAUGCCACCUGACACAACGACUGCCCCACCACCCGCUACACAGUUCAUGCACAUUGCCAACCCUCUGUACCUCCUUACACUCAUCCCGGCCAUGCUCAUGUUCCCCUUGCUCUUCUAUUGCAUCUGGCGGCUAUGCUUCAAGAAGACCAUCAAGGAGCCACCCCCAGUGCAGAAACCAGAAAAGGAGCCAGAGACACGUCCCAUACAGACAUGUCCCACAGUGACUGUCCCUUGUUGUGGGUGCCAAGAGGACAGCAUGCAAAGAAUGGAGGACAAACUGGACAUCUUGUGUGACUUUGUUCAAAACUACAACCAGGUGCCAUUGAUGUGUUGUCAGCUCUCGGACAAGGGCAGGUGCAUGGACGUCACUCUAGUGAACCCCCACUGCACACAAAUGCCCUAUGGCUCAAUGGCCUGCCUUGGACCCAGCCAGGACUACUUCCCCCUCAACAGCUGCUGCUCGUGGUGCCAACACCACCCUCAGAUACGUCCCCAACUUCCCUCAAGGAUACUGCCACUGAUCCCCCCCACUGCCCGUGCACUCUGCAGAACUACCUUGUCACUCCCACCCCAUAGGACAGGUACCAGUGGAGGCUCACAGGGUGACAUGGUGAAAGGGCUGAGGGACCAAGGCCCCUCAGCACAGGAAGAGGUGGCAGGGGUGGCAACCUGCGGUGACCUGAGGUGGCCUGGCAUCCUGUGA